ACCCGACCGGCGACGAGAGAGGGGGAAGAGACGCGAAUCCGGAUAGAGCGCCGCCACCCACCCAACCCAUCCUGCCCGGCGACGAAACUCGGCUCCGGCGCCGCCACCGCACCGACCCGAGAGAAAGGCGAGGAGAGAGGGAAGCAUGACGACGAUCCGCCGGUUCUGCUGCGACGACCUCCUCCGCUUCGCCUCCGUCAACCUCGACCACCUCACCGAGACGUUCAACAUGUCGUUCUACAUGACGUACCUGGCGCGCUGGCCCGACUACUUCCACGCCGCCGUCAACCCUGGCGGCCGCGUCAUGGGUUACAUCAUGGGUAAGGUUGAAGGGCAAGGUGAAUCGUGGCAUGGACAUGUCACGGCAGUGUCUGUUGCCUCAGAAUUUCGGAGGCAGAAAUUAGCCAAGAAGCUUAUGAACUUGCUGGAGGAAAUCAGUGAUAAGAUGGAUAAGGCCUACUUUGUGGAUCUCUUUGUAAGGGCAUCUAACAUGCCAGCGAUAAGGAUGUAUGAAAAGCUUGGUUAUGUGGUUUACCGGAGGGUGCUUCGAUACUACUCAGGGGAAGAAGAUGGCCUUGAUAUGAGGAAAGCAUUAUCGCAAGACGUUGAGAAGAAGUCCAUCAUACCACUCAAGAGGCCAAUCACACCUGAUGAACUUGAAUAUGAUUGAUGUUAAGAGUCUAGAAAGUACAGUGUAGUGUUUGUUGCUUCCCUGAACAUCAUCAAUGGAGAAUUUAACAAGCUUUGAAUCUGGUCUAGUGGUACCAUUAAGUAGCGAGUACUUGUACUGUUCUCUUUUUCCAUCAGUUUGGCCCUAUGGGGUUUUCAAGAUGAAAUUCAGCUCAUUCUGUGUUUGAGCAUAAGGAGAACCGAUAACUGUCUUGGAAUGCAAUCAAAAUGCUUUGUUUUUAAGUCACA